AUGUCACAUCUAUUACGUGUUUGCGAUAUUUUGCGCUUUAAAAAGGAUAGAGCGACUUGCACCUAUGCGAACCUAUCAGGCCUGUUGAAUGGACAUAAAGAAACGCCUGAUUAUAAAUGCUGUAGCACACAUCAAGAAACAUGUGAGGUUAAACUCUUCACUACCGAUGACAAAACAAUCGGAGAACUAACUACGCUGUACGACAAAAUUCCAGAUGAAGAAGUUAGCUUAGAAAAUAAUUUGAAAGAAGGCAAGCGGGACGGACUGUAUAUCACAGGAUACGACGAGAAAGGAAUAGAGAGUGAAAUGCAGUUUGGUAUGCAGUGA